AUGGAAGAGUUCUUUCCUCUUCUUCUGAUAGCUUCUCUUCUCACUGUGCUACUGUUCGGUGGUCUGAGAGCGUUCUACUCUCUAUGGUGGAAACCCAAAGCCUUGGAGAAACAACUGAGGCUGCAAGGCAUCAGAGGCAGCCCACGCAAGCUCCUUCGAGGGGAGACUAAGGAGGAGAUACAGGCCGUAACGGAAGCAUGGUCGAAGCCCAUCAAUCUGACCCACCAGAUCGUGACGCGUGUCGUUCCAUUCACUUAUCAGACGGUGCAGAGAUAUGGGAAGAUUUCUUUUAUAUGGAAUGGAAAAACUCCGAGGGUGAUCAUAUGUGACCCGGAGAUGAUGAGGGAGGUGCUGUUAGACAAGCUGGGCCAGUUUCAGAAGCCACCAGUGAACCCCCUGAUAAAGCUUCUGUCCAUGGGGCUCUCAAGUCUUGAAGGAGAGGAAUGGGCUAAACGGAGGAGGGUGAUCUCCCCUGCUUUCCACCUUGAGAAAUUAAAGGUUUUCAGAUCUACCUCCAUAGGCUCAUUUUUCACCCCAUACGACCAAAAUAUAAUUUUUGAUGUUAUUAAUCACCAAAUAAGGCCUGACCAAUUAUUUUUCUGA